AUGGCCGAGAUCAUCGAUUGCACCAUCAGCAGCGACGACGAGGCGCCCGCCGCGCCGGCGCCGAAGCGCCGCGUCAAGCAGCAGACGAUCGGGCCCAGCGGCCCGGCGGAGGCUGCGGCGCACGUAGACAAGAAGCCGCGCAUCGAGCCGGCCGACGACGACGACGACGACGUGGAAUUUCUCGACGAGAAUCCGUUCGCGCCGCCCGCGCCGCUGCCCGAGCCCGAGGCGGACGAUGAGGACGACGACGGCGAGGACGUCGCGAUCACGGGUUCCAAGGGCCAGAACGCGCUCCAGCACUUCCCGCACUGCCGCGAGAACUGCGUCGUGCACCUGUUCGCGACGGAUCCGACGAAGCAUUGCGCGAACUGCUUCUGCGUCGUCUGCGACGUGCCGGCCUCGCGGUGUGCGGCGUGGCCGCAGCACUGCCGCCUGAAGUAUGCCGACCCGUCGACGCAAAGCCUCCGCAAACAAGCGCGUGCCGCGGCGCUGCUGCAACAGGCGGGCGGCGCGCCCGCGCCGACGCCGACGCCGACGGCGACGGCGGGGGCCGUCGCCCAGCCGGCCCGCUUCACGAUCACGAGGGAGCUCCACCAGCCCGACGCCGCGACGAGCAUGGGCGCUUUGCUGCGCGCCGUGACGCAGGUGUGGCCCGUCGAAGCGCCGGCGCCGCACGGGCUCAGGACGGGCACCGUCUUGCGGCCCUACCAGCGGCAAUCACUUGCAUUUAUGCUCGACAUCGAGAACGCGCCGGACAGCGACUCGCGCGUCUUCCGAAGCACGAGGUGGGGCGGUGCCCGGACGCUGCGCGGCGGCUGGUUAUGUGAUGAAGUUGGGAUGGGCAAGACGCUGUCCGUGAUCUCGCUGAUAUUGAGCCGGCCCCGCGCGGCGAACGAGCUUCCGACGGACGCCCAGUGGCGGGCGCUGCAGCGGCGGCACCCCUACGCCGCGACGGUAGAAGGCCCGCCGGAGACCCUCCACCAGCACCUCUAUAAGGGCAAGGAGGUCCCGUACGACGUCUGGUGGAAGAAGAUGCGGGACUCGAAUCCGAAGAUCUCAGCGCUCUGCACGGAGCGCGAAGUCCUGAACCCGGAGCGCGUGGGCUUCAGGGCGGCGCCCAAGUUGCCGGACGGCGCCAGGACGCUCACGCUCAAGGCGACCGUCAUCUCGUGCCCGGUCACUUUGAUCGGCCAGUGGCAGGACGAGAUCCGCCGGUGGGCGCCGGAACUCCGAAUUCUGGUGAACCACGGCUCGAGCAAGGACCGCAACAACCUCAACAGGGGCAAGCUCGACGCGAGCCUCCGUGACUACGACGUAAUCAUCUGUUCGCCGAACACGCGGCUCAGCGGCGACUCGUUGCUUGUCCACCGGGAGCUGCGCUUUCAUAGAUUGAUCGUCGACGAGGCUCACGCGACGCGCGGCGCGACCGAGCGAUUCCUGAGGGAGAGCGCUCUCGUCGACCCCCCGCCGUCCGGCAACACUUACUCGCGCCGCACGUUCACGCCGCGCUUCGAUUCUUGUUGGCUCGUGACCGGUACGCCCUUCACGACGGGCCUUAGCCAGAUGAAGACCGGCGCCCAAGCGCUCGGGUGCUGGAGCGGCAAGCUGGCGACCUUCGACGGCCGGACGCAGCGGCCUAAGAUCUUCGCCGCGGCCGCGGACGCGCUCCGCGCGCUCAUGAUCCGCCACACGAAGGACCAGGUUAUUAACGGCGGGCGCGCCCUAUCGCUCCCGAAGCUGGACGCGCGCACCGUGCGCAUCGACCUUCCUCAGGCGGCACGCGCGGGCUACGAGCAGCUCCGCGCGAGUUGCGCGGACAAGGUCCGCCGCCGCGUCGGCAUGGUCAAGCAAUUGCAGCUCGACAUGGACUUGGCAAAAGUUAGAAGGGCGUGCGCCGACGCGCACGUGGACGACAAGCCGAAGGCGAGGUUCGCCUGGAUGCCGACGCCGUUCACUAAUCAGAUCCACUGCGCGACGACCGCGAAGCUCGACGCGCUCCGCGACGACCUGCGGUCGGUCCGCCAGCGCGAGCCGCACGCGCACUGCAUCGUGUUUACGGAGCACUCGGGCGCGCACGCCAAGAUCGUGGCGAUGCUCGAGGCCGAGAACGACUGGGAGGUGACGGGCCUGGACGGGAGCACGUCCAUCACGAAGCGCCACCGCUGUAUUAGGGAAUUCCAGAAAUUCGAGCCGAAGGCCAAGGUGUUUGUUUUGACGCUCAAGGCCGGCGCGUGCGGCGUCACGCUCACCGCGGCGACGCGGCUCUACCUGUUCGAGCCCUGCCUGGACCCGUCCCACGAGAUCCAAGCCGCCGGCCGUGUGCACCGCCUGGGCCAGCUCAAGGACGUGCACAUCGUCCGCUUCGUACGGACCCGCGUCGCGUCAAAUCUUCUCGUCCACCGCCACGCCCGUCGACGCGACGUCGGCUCGAUGGUGCUCACACGACGACGCACGCCGAGAGUCGCGCCCGCUACGCCAUCGACGCGACGUCCACGCAGGUCUACAAGCAGACCAUCGAGGACGCGAUCUGCGAGCUCCACGACAAGGUCCGGUCGAACCAGAUCCAGAUCAUCGACGGGACCUACUCGACGCGCGCGCUGCGCUUGCUCCUCUCCAAGUAAGACACGUGAUUUGUUAUAUAUGUACAUUAACUCACAAAAACGGCGUACGAGCCGCCCCAGACGCCAUCAGCGCAAUGC